AUGGAUUUGCCUGGACCAAUACAUGAUUUUCUUUUAGUUUUUCUGGGAUCAGGUCUUAUAUUAGGAAGUCUAGGGGUGGUAUUACUUACCAAUCCAAUUUAUUCUGCCUUUUCCUUGGGAUUGGUUCUUGUUUGUAUAUCCUUAUUUUAUAUUCUAUCAAACUCCCAUUUUGUAGCGGCUGCGCAGCUCCUUAUUUAUGUAGGAGCUAUAAACGUUUUAAUUCUAUUUGCUGUGAUGUUCAUGAAUGGUUCAGAAUAUUACAAAGAUUUGAAUCUUUGGACUGUUGGAGAUGGGAUUACUUCGUUGGUUUGUACAAGUAUUUUGGUUUCACUAAUGACUACUAUUUUAGAUACGUCUUGGUACGGGAUUAUCUGGACGACAAAGUCAAACCAGAUUAUCGAGCAAGAUUUGAUAGGUAAUAGUCAACAAAUUGGAAUUCAUUUAUCAACAGAUUUUUUUCUUCCAUUUGAACUCAUUUCCAUAAUUCUUUUAGUUGCUUUGAUAGGUGCAAUUGCUGUUGCUCGUCAAUGA